UUAUCAACAGCUGGAGAGAUCAUAACCUCAACUUCCUGGUUAAUCAGAACAGCAAAUUUUGAAUGGAAGAUUUCAAAAGCAGACGGUUCCACACGUGUUUAUCUUCCCAGAUAAUUCUUCACAAUUCCUCUCCAGCUGAUUGAUUCCAAUCAGUUGACCAAUUUCAUCUCGUCACGAUGGAUUCCUUGACUCACGAAACAGAAAUCCAGGUAUUUAGGUAUUUAGCAAAGAUUGGGUGCUGCAUAAAUUGCUGUUUACGAUUGAUUUCUGUUCGUAAUCCUGAGUAUUAUAUCAAUCCAAUUGAGAUUUCCAAAAAGUUGAAAUAUCUCGACGAAUCUUCUGAGAUUUCCGAAGAAAACCCCUGCAUCGCCUGCCUAGGAAUUCUCCAACAAAAUGUCAAAGGACAAGUAUUGGAUCAGAUAGCAGAAGCCAUCAAGGCAGAGGACAAUGACAGCCCCACGUUCACAUGUGCCCUUUCAGUCCCGAUGUCCCUGACACUUCGUGAAAAAUCCCUGGACCUCUCAAUUCGUCAGAAUCUCUCCCUCCCACCAGCUGACCUCUCCCAUUUGUUCCUGAGGAUAGAGUCCAUCAAGGACGUCUGGAAGGUCCAGAUGCUCCCGAAAAUCGAGUCCAUGAUCUCAAAGAGGUCCAUCUCCGGUGGCACUCCCUCUCCCUUCCUCAUAGACAUUUCCCUCAUCCACGAUCGAGACGAAAGUGAUUACGAGUACCUUCUGAAGAAAUGCGAUCCCAAUUUUCACGAGCGAAGAAACCGAAAUGUCAAGUACAGCAGAAACAACAUCGAGAAAGUCCUCUCAACAAUCGACACAGAUAAAUUCUCUGAAUUCUUUCCAAUUCCACCAGGAAAACCGAUGGGACCAAUUAAAAUUGACAAAAUCUCCUGCUCCCAUGCUGGUGUAUUCGUGGGUGGAAGGUACAACAAAUUAUCGAGGGAGUUGAGUCAAACACCGUGGUUCAUAAAUGGAGAAAAAAAAAUGGAAUCCUCUGUCCAGGAUCUCCUCUGUGGACCACUGCUCGAGGCGAUGAGGGCGGAUUCCUUAAAAUUCCUUUCAUCCGGUAGAGAAGACGUUGACGUCAGGACACUAAACUCCGGAAGACCAUUCGCUGUGGAACUGGUCAACCCGAGGAGAACGAAUAUCCCAGAUGCUGAGAUGAAAAUCAUCUCCGAGAGGAUAAAUUCGUCCACAGAUCUAGUGCAUUUGACUUCUGAUUUGAGAUUCCUCGAACCAGGGCAUCUGAAAACACUCAAGGAUGGGGAGAACAAGAAGUCCAAGUUUUAUAGAGCUCUCUGUACAAUUAAGGAUUCAUCCAAGAAGGGGAGGAUUAACCUGGAGCAACUGGAGGGGAUGAGGAACGUGAAGAUAAUUCAGAAGACACCAGUGAGAGUUUUACAUAGAAGACCCUUCGCUGCUCGUGUCAGGAUGAUCUACAGAAUCCGUGGCAGAUGGCUGACGGAACAGGAAAUUGAAGCGUUCAAGAAAAAUAACCCAGAUGAUCUCGUUAAUAAUCUCUUUGUUCUGGAUAUUAAGACUCAGGCAGGGACUUACGUCAAAGAGUUUGUCCAUGGGGACUUUGGAAGGACGAAACCUAGUCUUGGAGAUCUCCUAGGAGAAGAAGUUGACAUUGUGGCACUGGAUGUCACGGGGAUAAAUCUACAUUGGCCCUAGGAACAAAUCAAUUUCCUCCAAUAUUUGGUUAGUUAAAUACAUUUUUAUUUACAAUUUACGAGUUCCUUAUUUAAAUAGUUUUUAAAUUCUUUUCAAAUUAAAAUUUAAGAAUUCGAAUUAGGUUCUAACUGCUUAAGAACAUUUUUCUAAAAAUAGAACACAUGUGGAAAUGUCUUGCUAAAAUUCAGCAUUGAAAUUAUGUGAAAAAGUAAAAUUAAUUGAAUUCGAAAGAUUUGUUAAUUAUUCAUUUAUCUAAAAAACUAUCGAUUUC